CUUUGAUUACCAUGACUUCUGCAGUGCAACCUAGUAGUAGUGUUAGUGACUUUGAAAUUGGCUAUGACUCAGCCUCUUUGCAAAGUCAUCAGCCCAUAGCCAGGGGGGCCCUAGAGGUGGAAACUGUUCCAAGGCCAAACCCUAGGGAGGAGGGUGGUGUUUUCUUGACAUGGGAGGAUCUGUGGGUGACGGUUUCCGAUGGAAAAGGUGGCAGCAGACCCAUCCUCCAAGGCCUUACCGGUUAUGCCAGGCCAGGCAAGGUCUUGGCUAUAAUGGGUCCUUCUGGUUGUGGCAAGUCCACUCUUCUUGAUGCAUUAGCAGGAAGAUUAGGAUCGAACACGAGCCAGAGCGGGAUCAUACUAGUCAAUGGUCAUAAACAGGCACUGGCUUAUGGAACAUCGGCUUAUGUGACUCAAGACGAUACCUUAUUGACAACUUUGACUGUGGGAGAAGCUGUAUACUACUCUGCUCAGCUCCAAUUGCCAGACUCCAUGUCAAGAUCGGAGAAGAAGGAGAGAGCAGAAAUCACUAUAAGAGAAAUGGGUUUGCAAGAUGCCAUAAACACAAGAAUAGGAGGUUGGGGUGUUAAGGGCAUUAGUGGGGGGCAAAAGAGGAGAGUGAGCAUUUGCAUAGAGAUCCUAACACAUCCCAGCCUUCUCUUCCUUGAUGAACCAACAAGCGGGCUUGACAGUGCGGCUUCAUACUAUGUCAUGAGCAGAAUUGCAGGCCUUGAUCAGCUCCAUGGAAGGACUAUCAUUACAUCCAUUCAUCAGCCCAGCAGUGAAGUAUUUGCCCUCUUUGACAAUCUUUGUCUUCUUUCUUCUGGUAGAACAGUAUACUUUGGUGCAGCUCAUGCAGCAAAUGAGUUCUUCUCUUCAAAUGGUUUCCCAUGUCCAACACUUCAAAACCCACCAGAUCACUUCCUCAAGACCAUAAACAAAGAUUUUGAAGAGGAUAUUGAGCAAGGUUUCAGUGGAAAGCAAUCCAAGGAAGAAGCAAUCGAUAUCCUUAUUAAGGCAUACAAAUCAUCUGGUAGUUACCAACAAGUUCAAACACAGGUUGCUGAAAUAUGUGGGCAGGAAGGUGGAGCCUUGCAGAAGAAGAGAAGCCGUGCUGGCUUCAUUAAACAGUGCCUUGUUCUUACAAGAAGAUCUUGCGUGAACAUGUAUCGUGAUCUAGGCUACUACUGGUUGCGCCUAGCUAUCUAUAUCACGUUGGCUUUUGCGCUGGGAACCAUCUUUUAUGACCUUGGCUUUACUAGCAGCUCAAUUCAGGAUAGAGGUGCAAUGCUCAUGUAUAUAGCUUCAUUCCUAACUUUCAUGAGCAUUGGUGGAUUCCCUUCUUUUGUGGAGGACAUGAAGGUUUUCGGACGUGAAAGACUAAACGGACAUUAUGGGUCAAGCGCAUUCAUUGUUGGAAACACACUGUCUUCCGUGCCAUACUUGCUACUGAUUUCUCUGAUUCCGGGGGUGAUUGCUUAUUAUCUUACUGGACUUCAGAAAGGAUUUGACCACUUCAUAUACUAUAGUUUGGUGCUUUUUACCUGUAUGAUGUUGGUUGAAAGCCUUAUGAUGAUUGUGGCGAGCAUUGUUCCCAACUUCCUCAUGGGCAUAAUAACAGGUGCGGGAAUUCAAGGGCUAAUGAUAUUGGGUGGUGGUUUUUUCCGAUUGCCAGAUGAUCUUCCAAAGCCAUUUUGGAGAUACCCAUUAUACUACUUCUCCUUCAACAAGUAUGCUUACCAAGGGCUGUACAAGAAUGAGUUCAAAGGACUAACAUUUCCUAAUGAUGAAGCUGGAGGGCCAUCCACCAUUUCUGGUGAAGAAAUUUUGAGAAAGACAUGGCAAGUGGAAAUGGGUUAUUCAAAGUGGGUUGAUCUUGCCAUCUUGUUAGGAAUGGUGGCUUUGUAUCGAAUUCUGUUCUUGAUUAUUAUCAAGACAACCGAAAAGGUAAUCCCACUUCUCAAGGCUUUCAUGUCGAGGCCUCCCAAGCAAUCAAAUCAGGUAAUGGCAAAUCUCUUCGCUACACCUUCUGCUACACCUUUACAUGGAGCGAGCCUGUAAUUUAACAUUGAUGCCUGUUAUAUGGUAUAUUUAUUAGAAAGCAUUGGUGAGCUAUGUACUUCUAUCUAUGCUUCUUGUUAUUAUUAGAGAAAUAGUAAUGUUGUUAAGAGUAUAUCAGAGAGCAAUGGUGAUUAGUGUAUUUCUGUAAUUCUCCUUGUUGAAAGAGAAACAGGGGUAUAUAUAAUGUACUCUACUUAGUUCAUGCUUCAAAUCUGAGUUGAUUGAGAAUGCUGUACUGUUCA